AUGCCCUGUUUUAUGUCUUGUUCACCAGCCAAAUCAAUCUCCAAAAUCCCACUUCAGUUAUCAAAAUUUAGACCCUCUUCCCACAUGUCCUCCUCUGAUUAUACCAAAAGAAGUUUCACAUAUGAUCACAGAAAACCUGCUGUCACCCACCCACAAGCCCCAGAAAUGGAAAAGAGCAUAUUCUUAAUGCUGACCAUAGACCGUUGGGAAUCACUAAACCACAUGGGAUACAGGUUAACUUCACUGAGGCCAGUCCAUGGGAGGCUAGCUUUGAAAUUCCUCAACUGGGUCAUCAAGCAACCUGGUUUGGAACUCAAUCACCUUACUCAUAUACUCUCCAUCACUACUCAUAUACUUGUUGGGGCUAGAAUGUAUGAACCUGCUAAGUCAAUUUUAAGGCAUCUUUCUAUGAUGGGUGUUGGUUCAAAAUCUGUUUUUGAUGCUUUAAUGAACACAUACCCACUUUGCAACUCCAACCCUUCAGUUUUUGACCUUUUGAUUAGGGUUUAUUUGAGAGAAGGAAUGGUUAUUGAUGCUUUGGAGACUUUUUAUUUGAUGGGUUCUAUAAGGUUUAACCCUUCUGUUUAUACAUGUAAUAUGGUGCUUGGUUCAAUGGUAAAGAAACGGAUGGUUGGGUCGGUUUGGUCUUUUUUUAAGGAAAUGCUAGCUAUGAGGAUUUGUCCUAAUGUUGCUACUUUUAAUAUAUUGAUUAAUGUUUUGUGUGCGGAAGGGAAGCUUAAGAAAGCCGGUUAUCUUUUAAGAAAGAUGGAGGGGAGUGGUUAUGUUCCAACUAUAGUUACUUAUAAUUCUAUUCUCAACUGGUAUUGCAAGAAGGGGCGCUAUAAAGCAGCCUCUGAUUUGAUUGAUGGAAUGGAAUCUAAAGGUAUCGAAGCAGAUGUAUGCACAUAUAAUAUGCUUAUUAAUGAUUUGUGUAAAAACAACAGAAGUGCAAAAGGGUAUUUACUGUUGAGAAAGAUGAGAAAGAGGAUGAUAGCUCCUAAUGAAGUCACUUAUAAUACUCUAAUUAAUGGACUCAUGAAAGAGGGAAAGAUUGGAGGUGCUACUCGAGUUUUUAAUGAGAUGUUGAUGCUUAACCUUUCACCAAACCGUGUUACUUACAAUUCUUUGAUUAAUGGGUAUUGUGAUUCUGGUAAUUUUGAAGAAGCUUUAAGGCAUUUGGAUGUGAUGGAAGCAAAGGGACUAAGGCCUGAUGAAGUUAGUUAUGGGGCUCUUUUAAAUGGGUUGUACAAGCUUGGGAAAUUUGACCUUGCCAAAAGCCUUAUGGAGAGAAUGAGAAUGAGUGGGGUGGUUGUUGGUUAUAGAGCAUACACAGCCAUGAUUGAUGGAUUAUGCAAACAUGGAUUGCUUGACGAGUCUUUGCAAUUGCUGGAUGUGAUGUUCAAGGAUGGUGCAAGUCCGGAUAUUAUCACAUUUUCUGUUCUCAUAAAUGGAUUUUGCAAAUCAGGAAAAAUAAAAAAUGCAAAGGAAGUGAUAUGUAAAAUGUUUAAAGUUGGACUUGCACCUAACUAUGUCAUAUAUGCUACUUUAAUUUACAAUUCCUGCAAAAAGGGUGAUAUUACAGAAGCAUUCAAGAUAUAUGCAACAAUGAAUCGCAGUGGCCAUGAUGUGGACCAUUUCAUCUGUAAUGUGUUGGUUUCUUCUCUUUGUAUAGCUGGAAGGCUAGCAGAGGCAGAGGAUUUUAUGCGUCAUAUGAGCACCAUUGAUCUUGCUCCUAACUCCGUCACUUUUGACUGUAUUAUAAAUGGAUGUGGCAUUUUAGGUGAUGUCUUGAAAGCUUUCUCUGUGUUUGAUGAGAUGAUUAAAUUAGGUCAUCAUCCUAGUCAUUUCACAUACGGUAGUCUACUUAAAGGACUAUGCAAGAGUGGAAAUUUGGGGGAGGCAAAGAAAUUUCUGUAUAAACUCCACCACAUUCCUGCUGCUGUUGAUACUAAUAUCUAUAAUACAAUUCUAACGGAGAUAUGUAAACUGGGGAGGUUGUCAGAUGCAGUGGCCCUUUUUGGUGAAAUGGUCCAAUUUAAUGUGCUGCCUGAUAGUCAUACAUAUGCUAUCAUUCUUUCUGGGUUAAGUAGGAAAGGCAAAAUGGUUCCUGCUCUUCUUUUCUUUGAAAAAGCACUGGCAAGAGGAACACUGUCCCCAAAUAAGGUCAUGUACACUAGCCUGGUUGAUGGUCUGUUCAAGGUUGGUCAAUCAAAUACUGCUUUAUAUAUUUAUGAAGAGAUGGAGCAAAACGACAUAUACCCAGAUAUAAUUGCAAUUAAUGCAGUUCUAGAUGGAUACUCAAGGAUGGGGAAAAUGGAAAAGGUUGAUAAGCUCUUCAUGAAGAGUAGUAGUCUGAACCCAAGUUUGGCUACAUAUAAUAUUCUCUUGCAUGGGUAUUCAAAGAAAAAGGAUUUGUUGAAAUGCUCUAAAUUCUACAAUAUCAUGACAAGGAUGGGUAUUUUGCCUGAUAAAAUAACUUGCCAUUCUAUCAUUCUUGGGCUUUGUAAGUCUGGUAUGCUUGACGUCAGUUUUAAAAUGUUAAAGAAGAUGAUAAUGGAAGAUACUUCAGUUGAUCAAUUUACACUUAACAUGCUCAUCAUGAAUUCAUGUGAAACUGAUGAUAUGAGAAAGGCAUUUGAUCUGCUGAAUAUUAUGAAUUUACUUGGAGUUAUUCCUGAUAUAAACACUUACAAUGCCAUCUUUACUGGACUCAACAGAGCCUCUGCUCUUCGACAAUCCCAUCUUCUUCUGCACGACAUGUUGGAGAGGGGUAUUACUCCUGCAUGCACACAGUAUAUUUCUUUAAUUAAUGGUAUGUGCAGAAUAGGGAAUAUACAAGGAGCAUUCAGGCUAAGAGAUGAAAUGGAAGCAGUUGGUGUCAGUUCCCGGGAUGUUGCUGAGAGUGCUAUGGUAAGAGGGCUCGCCCAGUGUGGAAAGGUUGAAGAAGCCAUGCUGGUUCUUGAUUGCAUGCUUCGGAUGCGGCUCAUUCCAACCAUCGCUACUUUUACAACACUGAUGCACGCCCUCUGCAAGAAAGCUAAACUGUCUGAGGCUUUAAAGUUGAGGGGUAUAAUGGAGCUUCAUGGUGUGGAACUUGAUGUUGUUGCAUACAAUGUUCUCAUAUCAGGCCUUUGUGCUGAUGGCGAUGUUUCAGCUGCGUUUAAACUGUAUGAAGAGAUGAAAGAAAGGGGCCUCUGGCCCAACACCACAACCUAUUGCACUCUCAUUGAUGCUAUUCCCACCGAUGAGGUUAGUCUCGUAAAGAGUGAAAUCCUUUUGGAGAAUUUGCAGGAGAGAGGAAUGAUAUCCUGGGAUUGGAAUGGAAGCACAGAUGAGGGUUUGAUAACUGCCAUGGAAAAUUUGAAGUCCUUGAGGCACAACAGAAGGAAAUGA